UUAUUUUCCUAUUUCAAGAACGAGGAAUCGAAUGAAAAGAAUUGUCUUUGGUCCAUUUUUUAUUGACAGAAAUAUAGUUAUAGCAAAAUUAAUUACAAAUUUAUAUACAUAUAUAUGAGAUUUACUAAAAUUAUUAUAGGUCUCACCAUCGUCAAGUCUAUUGAAGGAAAGUUAAAAAGAGAUACAGAUCAUUUAAACUAGAAGUUGAAUAUUAGGUCCGAUAAAAAUAUAAAUCAAUAUUUGUACAGCUUUGUUCCUUGAGCAAUUCUAGUUUCAUGGGUUGACUUUGUUAAUUACGUCUAGGAUAUUUACAAAAUAAACUGAUCUCGCAGAAAAACAUUGAAAAAUGAGUAUAGAAUUCAAUCUCUGUGCCUAGUUAAAAAAUACCUUCACAAAAGUCACACACAAUUUCAUCAACCAUAAAUACUUGUUUGUGCAUUCACAUACACAAGGCGCAUGCGUUUGUGGUCGAAGGUAAUUUAACUUGGAAGAAGACGGAGGGCUUUAGAGAGCUGAUAAUUGCCAGUGCGAGCACAACUCCGCGGCCGGCACUACGUACACUGACAAGAACACUGGUAAAUAUUUUCUCGCAAAAUAUUAUUUUGUGACAGAAAUAUGCUUUUUAAAGUACGAGUACUUCUCAAGCUUCCUAAUUAAAAAAAUCAGUCUUUUGAAAAUGUUUUCUUGUCAUUUUGCAUUGAAACUAGGGCAAUUUUUUCAGAGAUCGAGCCAUUUGUUUUAUAAUUCAUAUUGAAAAAAAUAACAAUCCAUGCGAUAGGGUUCCAUCGCAGUAAAUAAGUAUUUUUAAAAAUCUACAGCCUUUAUAUAAAAAUUGAAUGAAGUAUUUUAAAAGAGAAAUAAACUCGAUUUGUAUGCAACUAAAUAACAACAUUAAUAAUUUAUGUUCUUUCAGUCUUUUGUCUUGCUUCAAAUUUAGACUCUCUAACCUGGAAUACCUAAAUAGCUAUUCACACACAGUUCAAUGUCCGACGAGUGUUUCUUUGGAAAUGAUUAUUUUCGAACAUUUCAAGUAACUAUUGAUUUUUUUUACUUACGUAAGAGGAAAUAAGUGAGAAUGUAAGCUGUUAAUCCAUUCUAGCUAAAUUUUUAAUUUAAAUAUAUAGGUGAUUUUUUUUAAUUUUGAAGUUGUACUAAAAUGGAAGGCUCUAUUUUUUCAAAUAGAAAAGGGAUUGGAGGCCUUCAGUUCUGCAUUUCACUUUUAAAUUAAGGUUAAUUGCAGGGGUUACUUAUCAAUUACUGCGUCGCUUGACCUCACAAUUGAGAUAAAAGUCGCCACAAAGGAAAUUGCGUGAGUUUCUGCUGUCGCGGACAGAAAUAAAGACAUGCUAGUUUUUUCCAACCUGUCUUUAUAGUUUUUUUACUGGCGAAAACUCAGCCACUUUCUUAGAGCUCAUUGAACUGUCCGUGUCAAGGUGUUGAAGCGUGGGAUGCAAAAUAAAUGUUAAUUUAUAUGUUUUCUCUGCGCUUCAAGUUCGCGCUGCACAAAAAAGAAAAAAUAUACUUGGCACAUUGCACGCUUUGUUCUGCAACGCGCUGUUAAUAUUAAUUCACAUUUUCCGCUCCAUUCACCUGACAAGCAGAAAAUGAGCCAGGACGAGUUGAUGGCGCACCAGCAGAGCAUGGGCCAGCUGAGUCAGGCUUCGUCCGCGCCCGCGGCGCGACGCCCGCUCUCGCUGCACAUCGCAUCUAACCCCGGCUCGCCGCGCCUCAACCCCAGCAACAAAUUCAACUCGCUUCGCAAAGCGGCCCUGGUGCUGCGGGCGACCCAGUCGACGGCGUCGCUGCAGUCGCCGAUGCAGUGGCCGGCGCCGUCCAGGUCGCAAUCGGCGUUGGCGCUACAGCCGCCAACACAGAUGCCAACAGGCCCUUGUUGCUGCUGCGGCCACCAUGACUCCGGUGCCCCUCAGUACCACAGGAGCCCUAGCUUCACAUCAGCCGGGGAAGACCCUGAGAAGCAAUCGAACGCAGACGGCACUCUCACGCCAACUGGAUUGUCAUGGAGGCGACUACAUGUGAGCAGAGCCAAAUUGAAGGCUACCGCCACUACAUCUGAACUUCUUUCUGGUUUUGCAAUGGUGGCGAUGGUUGAGCUGCAAAUCAACACACCGACCAACGUUCCAGAAUGGAUGUUCAUCCUAUUCUCCGUAUGCACGACUGUGCUGGUUGCGGUACACAUCUUCGCGCUCAUGAUUUCUACCUACAUCUUGCCCAACAUCGACGCAGUCACCAGGCUGCACGCGACGGAGUUGGUGUCCGAGAGUCCACACGAACGGAUGCGUUUUUUCAUUGAGCUGGCCUGGGGCUUGUCCACCGUGCUCGGCCUCUUCCUCUUCCUGGUCGAGGUGGCCAUCCUCUGCUGGGUCAAGUUCUGGGACUACUCCUUCGCGUCCGCUAUUGCUUCAACGGCGAUCGCGGUCCCCUCCCUGCUCAUCUUCAUUGGCUUCGCCGUCCACUUUUAUCAUACCCUCGUGGUGCACAAGUGUAAAGCCUCGGACCUGGAUCUGCAGGCGCUAGAAAAGAUGAAGUCCGACCUGGAAAACCAGCUGGGCGAGGGCAUGGCUGCUCAGAACAAAAAAGACGAGUCUAAGUUUACGUAUCCACCUGGUUACAAUAAUGUCUGACUCAUCCUAAUAUAUUUUGUAUUUAAUAAUCUAAUAAACCAUUUAAUUUAUGCACAAUAAUUUUGCUCCACAUGAGUUUUUUUUGAGUUGUCUGACAGGAUCGAAAAAUGCGUCUCAAAGUCACGAGGUAUAAUUCGUGCUAAAAGUGACACGGUCAUACUAACUAUAUAGAGGAGCAGAGUUUUCACUAUACUGUUUUUAACCAGUCGUCAUGCAAGUGUCCGAUAAGGUACCGGGCAAGGAAACCACUAAUCCUUUCGUCUGGCCCGUGGAGUUGGGUCAGGUGGAAGCAGGUCUGGUGCCGAUUGCAGCAAGCAAAUCAGCUGGGGGGAAACUGCACAACACACCUCUGGGGCUGGCGUGGAGGCAACUGCACUACCGCACAGCCAAACUGAAAGGGGUGCACCGCUCUGCGCAUCUGAUCGCCUUCUUUGCUAUGGAAGCAAUGGCCGAGCUGCAAGUAAACGUUCCGUCCACCGCGCCGGGCUGGCUGUUUUCCCUUUACGCGGCCAACACUGUCCUGCUGAUCACGUCCAACUUUUUCGCCCUGAUGGUCAGCACGUGCCUGCUGCCUCGGAUGAGCGCCAUCUCCGAAGAGUACGACGUCGACCAUCUGCGCGCGGUGCCGUCCUUUUCCAUGCACGACCGGCUGCACGGUUUGGUCUCACUGAGCGCCGGCCUGGCCCACGUGCUUGGCCUCUUUCUCUUCCUGGUCGAGAUAAUCCUGCUCAACUGGGUUAAAUUCUGGGACUUCUCAGAGCCGGCAGCGCUGGCCGGCUCCUUGACCAUGGUCCCUUUUCUCCUCCUGUUUGUAGUGACGUUUUUCCACUUUCGCAAAACCUUGGCCGAACACGCCUGCAGCACACGCAUGUCCAGGAUCGAGGUGCGGAUCGAGUUGAAGAAUGUCGCGUGACCGAACGCAGAGAGAAAAACUAUAGCUCCACCGUCAAAGUUGGAUCCAUUUUGCGAAAAUAAUAUAUCCUCUGUCACUGUGAUGAAGGCUUUUAUUGUUAAAAGUGGAACAGGUCAAGGUGGUCAAACAAAUUAAGUUUUAGUAGGGGAAGGGUGUUUGAAAAUUGUUGAAUGAAAAUCUCAUGCUCUCGUGAGGGCAGAUCUCAAAAUCCCACACCCCUUACGAUCUGCCCCUGCAAAGGCAUUUACCUAAUAAGGGGUCCUCCUGUCCUUGGGGCGUCCUGUUUGUCCUCCCUCCAUUAUCCUAUCCGUGUCCUUACAGGAGCAUAAAAUAAAAACAAACAAAAG